AUGGCGCGGUCGGAGCAGCAAGGGCUGCAGGUGCUCAGCGCGCUCGACGCGGCCAAGACGCAAUGGUACCACUUCACGGCCAUCGUUGUCGCCGGCAUGGGCUUCUUCACCGACGCCUACGACCUCUUCUGCAUCUCCCUCGUCACCAAGCUGCUCGGCCGGAUAUACUACACCGACCCGUCCCUGCCGAACCCCGGCACCCUGCCUCCCGGCGUGGCCGCGGCGGUCAACGGCGUGGCCUUCUGUGGCACGCUCUCCGGCCAGCUCUUCUUCGGCUGGCUGGGCGACAAGCUCGGCCGCAAGAGCGUCUACGGGAUGACGUUGGUACUCAUGGUCAUCUGCUCCCUCGGGUCCGGCCUCUCCUUGGCCCACACUCCCAAGAGCGUCAUGGCCACGCUCUGCUUCUUCCGCUUCUGGCUCGGCUUCGGCAUCGGCGGCGACUACCCGUUGUCCGCCACCAUCAUGUCCGAGUACGCCAACAAGAAAACCCGCGGCGCCUUCAUCGCCGCUGUCUUCGCCAUGCAGGGCUUCGGCAUCCUCGCCGGCGGCAUCGUCACUCUCAUAAUCUCCGCUGCCUUCCGGGCCGCAUACCAGAAACCGGCCUACCAGGACAACGCCGCAGGGUCCAUAGGGUCGGAAGCCGACUUUGUCUGGCGCAUCAUCCUCAUGCUCGGCGCCGUGCCGGCCCUGCUCACCUACUACUGGCGCAUGAAGAUGCCGGAGACGGCGCGCUACACCGCCCUCGUCGCCAAGGACGCCAAGCUAGCGGCGGCCGACAUGUCCAAAGUGCUGAACGUGCAGCUCGAGGAUGAAUCCAAGAAGAUGGAGGAGAUGGUCAGCCGUGGCAACAACGAGUUCGGCCUCUUCUCCCCGCAGUUCGCGCGACGCCACGGUCUCCACCUCGUCGGCACGGCCACCACGUGGUUCCUCCUCGACAUCGCCUUCUACAGCCAGAACCUGUUCCAGAAGGACAUCUUCACCGCCAUCAACUGGAUCCACAAGGCGAAAACCAUGAGCGCGCUCGACGAGGUGUUCCGCAUCUCCCGCGCGCAGACGCUCCUCGCGCUCUGCGGCACCGUGCCUGGCUACUGGUUCACCGUCUUCCUCAUCGACGUCGUUGGCCGCUUCGCCAUCCAGCUCAUGGGCUUCUUCAUGAUGACCGCCUUCAUGCUCGGCCUCGCCAUCCCAUACCACCACUGGACGACGCCCGGCAACCAGGUCGGCUUCGUCAUCAUGUACGGCUUCACCUUCUUCUUCGCCAACUUCGGGCCCAACGCAACCACAUUCGUCGUGCCGGCCGAGAUCUUCCCGGCGAGGCUUCGGUCGACGUGCCAUGGAAUAUCAGCCGCUGCCGGUAAGGCCGGAGCCAUGAUCGGGGCCUUCGGGUUCCUGUACGCCGCGCAGGACCCACACAAGCCUGACGCCGGGUACAAGCCCGGGAUUGGCAUCCGUAACUCGCUCUUCGUCCUCGCCGGGAUCAACCUACUCGGUUUCGCCUUCACAUUCCUCGUGCCCGAGGCCAACGGAAAGUCGCUCGAGGAGAUGUCCGGCGAGGCCGAGGACAACGAGGACGAGGCACGCGAGCCCAAAGUGCAGCCGUCGAUGGCGUAGAACGGCCGUAUGUGAGAACUGAGAAGUCCAUAGUCUUUUGGAAUUUGGAUAUGCUAUUACUUCUUUGUGCAUGUAAGUCAAGCUUCUGCUCAGUUUCGUCCAAUGUACAAUUUGA